UUAGUUUCAAUGUAAUCCUUUUUCUCAAAAGCAGUCAGUCGGACAUGGCGAGCCUGAAGCAGCCUUAUCUCGCUAGAGCCAACGUUUGAACGGUUUUACGUACUGUCCAACUGCCGAUAACAGCGACUGAUAGAAAACAUUCUCAAAAUACCUUUGGAAUAUAAUUACUUCGGGAAAAUUUCACAGUUUCUCACAGAGACAGGCUGGGUCUGUAAGCAUGGGUGAACCGGAGCAGAGACUGACUGCCGGCUUGCGGCUGGGACCACGGGAAAGCGCGGGGAUCAGUACUUUGGAACCUGGUCAGAAGCCUCCUGUAAUGCCCCCGGGCAGACCGAUCCCCAUCAGGGUCCACAUGCUGGAUGAUACAGAGGAAGUGUUUGAUGUAUCUCAAAGGGCACCAGGGAAGAUCCUCUUUGAUCUGGUCUGUACACACUUGAAUCUCAUCGAGGGGGAUUACUUUGGACUAGAAUUCCAGGACCACCGCAAAAUGACAGUGUGGCUGGACCUUGUAAAACCCAUUAUGAAACAAUUAAGAAGACCCAAGCAUACGGUGUUGAGAUUUGUGGUGAAGUUCUUUCCUCCUGAUCACACACAGCUGCUGGAAGAGUUAACAAGGUACCUCUUUGCCUUGCAGGUAAAGCAGGAUCUUGCAUCCAGCCGACUCACUUGUAACGACAGCAGUGCCGCACUCCUCGUCUCCCAUAUUGUUCAAUCCGAGAUUGGAGAUUAUGACGAAGCCCAAAGCCGACAGCACCUCCGGGAAAACAAGUACAUUCCUGACCAGGAAGCACUGGAGGACAAGAUUGCUGAGUUUCAUGGCCAACACGUGGGUCAGACACCGGCCGAGUCGGACUAUCAGCUCUUGGAGGUGGCCCGGAGGCUGGAGAUGUAUGGGCUCCGGCUCCAUCCUGCCAAGGACAGGGAAGGCACGAAGAUCAACCUGGCUGUGGCACACACCGGGAUCCUAGUCCUACAGGGUCACACUAAAAUAAAUGCUUUUAACUGGUCGAAAGUACGGAAGCUGAGCUUCAAGAGAAAGCGCUUUCUCAUCAAACUGCGUCCAGACGUGAAUCAGAGCUCUUUCCAGGACACUCUAGAGUUUCUGAUGGCCAGCCGCAACUGCUGCAAGGUGCUGUGGAAGAUCUGUGUGGAGUACCAUGCUUUCUUCAGACUCUUUGAGGAGCCGAAACCAAAACCCAAGCCAGUCCUCUUCAGCAGGGGUUCCUCUUUUAGAUUUAGUGGCCGGACUCAAAAACAGGUGCUUGAUUACGUCAGAGACUCUGAGUUCAAGAAAAUGCCCUUUGAAAGGAAACACAGCAAGAUCCGGUCUAACGUGAGCCUGUCUCCAAAGCCUACAGAGCGCCCAUCAGAAGUGCCAAAGCAAAGCGCAAGCUACACCUUAGGUGACAAGCCUGACUCCCCGACCAAGCCGUCACGGCAGGUGAAGGAGGUGCCAGCGGUGGCUGCACCUGUGGAAGAAACAGCCGGGCAGCAGCGCCAGAGCCCCUCGUUGAAGUGGAGCCCCCAGGAGGACAGGAAACAGGAAUAUGCAGCGGAAGACGUGGAUGGAGGCAUCCAGGGGAAAGAGCAGAACAAGCAGCAAGCGGAACACCCAAGCACAGGCCCCGUGAACAAUAGCCCGCGUUUAUCAGAGACAUCCGUCAAUUCACACGGAGCUUUGACAGCCCAGAGGUCUAUUCUGUCGCCCUGCUUGAGCCCUGAUGGCAGGCAGCCCUCUCCCUACGCCAGCCCCCUGCUGAAUGACGCUGGCUGUGUCCGGACCGACGAUGAGGACGAGGGCAGGAGGAAGAGAUUCCCCACAGAUAAAGCCUAUUUUAUUGCCAAGGAAGUAUUGACUACAGAGCGAACAUACUUAAAGGACCUUGAGGUCAUCACAGUGUCCUUCCAAAAUGCUGUGAGCAAAGAUGAAGCAAUGCCUGACUCGCUGAGAAACCUCAUCUUCUCCAACUUCAAUCCCCUCCAUACUUUUCACUCUGGUUUCCUAAAAGAAAUUGAACAAAGGCUUGCACUCUGGGAAGGCCGCUCCAACGCUCACAUUAAGGGAGAUUAUCAGAGGAUUGGGGAUGUUAUGCUGAAGAACAUACAGGGUCUGAAGCAAUUUACAGCACUCCUGCAGAGUCACUCUGAGGUGCUGGUGCAGCUGGAGCAGACGGCGAGGUCCUCGCGGAGGCAGGAGAUCCUGUGCAGGGACUUUGAGCUCCAGAAGGUCUGCUACCUCCCCCUCAACGUCUUCUUCCUCAGGCCACUCCACCGCCUCAUGCACUACAAGCAGAUCCUGGAGCGGCUCUGCAAGCACUACCCUCCCAAUCACGCUGACUUCAGGGACUCCAGAGCUGCUCUGGCUGAUAUCUCCGAGAUGGCAGCUCAGCUCCAUGGCACCAUGAUAAAGAUGGAGAAUUUCCAGAAGCUGCUGGAACUGAAGAAGGACUUGAUCGGCAUUGAUAACCUAGUCAUUCCAGGGCGGGAAUUCAUCAGACUGGGCUGCCUUAGCAAGCUCUCUGGAAAAGGCCUGCAGCAACGCAUGUUUUUCUUGUUCAAUGAUGUUUUGUUGUACACAAGCAGAGGAAUGACCGCGUCCAAUCAGUUUAAGGUCCAUGGGCAACUCCAACUCUAUGGUAUGACGAUCACAGAAAGUGAAGAUGAGUGGGGAGUGCCUCACAGUUUCACUCUUUUUGGGCCGCGUCAGACUGUGGUGGUAGCAGCAAGCACGGCUGCAGAAAUGGAUAAAUGGAUUGAAGAUAUUAAGAUGGCCAUUGACCUUGCUGAGAAGUGCAAUGCACCGGCCCCUGAAUUGCUGGCAAGCAGCCCUCCAGAAAGCAAAUCUCCAGAGGACUCAACUGUAGACCAGGAAUCUGAGGAUGAUCUCAGUUCUUCCCGAACCUCCCUUGAGAGACAGUCCCCUCACCGUGGUAACACCACGGUGCAUGUCUGCUGGCACAGAAACACCAGCGUUUCAAUGAUCGACUUUAGCAUUGCCGUGGAGAAUCAGCUGUCGGGUAACUUGCUGAGAAAGUUCAAAAACAGCAAUGGCUGGCAGAAGCUGUGGGUGGUCUUCACAAACUUCAGCCUGUUUUUCUACAAAUCGCAUCAGGAUGAUUUUCCUCUGGCCAGCCUACCAUUGCUCGGAUACUCUGUUACCAUUCCUUCCGAGUCGGAAAACAUUCACAAAGAUUAUGUCUUCAAACUGCAUUUCAAAUCCCACGUGUACUACUUCAGAUCAGAGAGUGAAUACACUUUCGAAAGGUGGAUGGAAGUUAUCCGAAGUGCCACAAGUUCGGCCUGUCGCACCCGGAUUUUAAGCCACAAAGAUUCUCAUCCAUACUGAUCAGUAGAUGUUUCUCACAAGACUGCAAACCCAGAAGUCUAGGAAGCUCCAAUACCAGCUGGCUCCUCUCUUCAGUUUCAGUUACACUCACUCACAUCUCUAAAUCUAUUGCUGAAGUGCAAGCUCUUUGAAAGAGCUACCAGAAAGCAAGGCAAAAUUAUUUCACUCAGCUUUAUUAUUCCUGUUGUAUUUCAAAGAUAUUUACACACACAUGCACACACACACAGAGUGUAACUGCACAAUCUUUAUACUUUACAUUAUACUACAAGGGUACCUGUUAGCUGUUAGCUUGCAAACUGACAAUUCUAGGGUUUUGAACCAAUUUUUAUAAAUUCUCAUCUGUGUGAAAUGCUUGGCAGUAUGUUUGUACUUGGAGUACUGACCUGUUGAAAGGUUAAUUUUUGAAGAAAACAAAGACUACAUUGCAGUUGGAUUUUAAUUAGUGAAGAAGUCAUGACACAACACUACCAGUUUCUUCUGUACUCUACAUAGCUUUGUUUGUAAAUAUAUGUAUUUAAAAAAAGGCUGACGCAGAUUUUCAGGAUUCACAUUGAGUGCCAAACUGUUUUUAUACACGCCACCGCCAAUGAAUGAUCUGUCAGCCUUUUCUAAACAAGAGCAUGACUGGUUUUAAUACAAUCUUGUGACACAUUUUAAAAUGUUAUGUUAUUUUUAGGGAAAAAAUCUGAAGAAAUAGACACCUGUAUUUUUAAAUGUGUGCUGGUGGGUUUAUUUUAUUUUUACUCCAACAAGUGCUUACGACUUGGUCAUGCUCACCAUUACCAAAAUAGUGUGUGUGUGUGUGUGUGUGUGUGUGUGUAUAUAUAUAUAUAUAUAUAUAUAUAUAUAUAUAUAUAUAUAUAUAUAUAUAUAUAUAUAUAUAUAUAUAUAUAUAAAAAUGUAUAUGUGUAAAGGAUUUAUAUUUGGCAUUCUCGGGGUCAAUCUACUUUACAAUAAUCUCUAGCAUUUGCUGCUGUUAUCAGCUGUAAAGAAUACCCAUGUGUGGCUUUGAUUAAAAUCCCUUCCUCCUCCUGAAGCUUAUUAUUCAGAGGGAAGUUCCCAAAUGCACUAAAUCUUCUUUUUAAAGCAGUUCAUAUACUGCAUGUAAAGCAUUGCAACUCUACAAAGCCACUGCCCCCCUAUAAAGAUACCGUUGGUGUCCAACAAGCCAGGUUUUACAUGUUUAAAAAGCAUGUGCCUAUUUAAAUAAAUUAAAUGCAUAUCUGUUGAGGUAAAGACAUGUCUUUUAACAAUCAAAUGUGUUUUAAUCACUUAUUGUACAUUAAACAUUUACUAUAGAUGGGAAUCAGACUCUACGUAAGAUCAUUGAGUAAUCUACAGGGAGAAAAAAAGCAAUAAAAAUCACGUUUUACAAGCCUA